AUGCGCCGCGAGAGAGAUCGCUUUGACGAGGAAGAACUGGAAUUGCUCGAUGCCGAUAAAUUCCAUGACGACCAUGACGGGCAUGAGUCCAUUUUCAACCCGGAUCGUUUCCAUGACGACGACGACGACGACGCCCCUCUCUUAGCGAGUAGUAGUGGUGGUGGCGGUAGUCAUAGCAACGCGAGGAAAAGGACAUUGUCUUGGAGACAGCGACUCGAGUCACUCUUGAAAAGAAAAGGGCAAACCAAAUCAUCUGUUGGUCGUCGCCGUAGUACGAGUAGUAGUCGUUGUACGCUUUGUUGCUGUUUAAUUUUCUUGCUGAUAAGCACCAUCAGCUAUUUUCUAUUUGGUUACUUUUACUUUCGACCUGCCGAAUUACCACCACCUACAUUGCCCGACAAAUCCACCAAUUCCACAGCGCGGUUCCUGACACUGAAUAUUUUCAUGCGACCACCAGGGGUCAAGAACAACAAGUCGGAUUACAAGGAACAACGUUUGGAUUAUAUUAUCAAGUACAUCUUGCCACACUAUGAUGUCAUUACCAUUCAAGAAGCUUUUGCCUUUGCCAAUCGUCGCAUUGAUCGUUUAGCUGUGGAAGCUCGCAACUUGGGUUUCAACUAUCAAGUCGCAUCGCCAAGACAUUACCCAUGGGAACUUGCAGCGGAUGGUGGUUUAUUGCUCUUGUCGCGAUUUCCUAUCAAGCAAGCCGACACACUCGAAUUUCCACGGGGUAUUCAUGCCGAUUGGCUAUCCAAAAAAGGUGCAUUGCAUGCGUUGGUACAACUCAAUGCGACACGCACAGUGCAUUUGUAUACGACCCAUACGCAAGCAUCGUAUGAUGAAGCAGGUGCGCUUAAUCAAGAGGAUACCCUUGUACGACUUUCACAAUUUGCGUUGGUGCAUGAUUUUAUUCGCAACACGGCAAGGGAUGAUGGCAGCCCAGUAUUGAUCAUGGGUGAUCUCAACAUUGAUGCCGCUGCCCACAAGGAUGAGGAUAAACGAAAACCUUCUGUGGCCAGCUCACAAGCUUAUACCAUGAUGAUGCAAGUCUUGAACGGCACAGGGAUUCAAAUCGAUAAUCAAACCAUGUACUCGGACCCAGAUUGGCGUAUUGACACCUUGCACGACGUUGCAUACCAGCAAUUUGGAUACCAUCCUGUUACAUUUGGUGACUUUGUGAGAAAUGCAACAGCACAAAAAGGGGAUGAUUUAAUACCCGCCGAAACCGUGCUCACCCAUUGGGAUCAACUUUUGACGGUGCAAAGCAUUGAUCGCAUUCUGUGGGCUGAUCGAUACUCACAUGAUGUGGCAGUGCAUAACAUUACAGUCGAAAAGUUCCUCACAAAGGAUAACAAGGAGCUUGACACCAGCGAACGUGAAGCCAUCCCCUUCACCCAGAUUUCAGACCACUACGGCUUAAGCUGCAUUGUAGAGCUUGUGUAA